CUCCCCUGUACUUUCAUUUCGCUACCUGUUGUAGUGGUUGCUGUGACUCUUUAUGCAACUGCCAUCUGUGACUUUUAUCUUGUUGAACUUACAGUUAUUUUAAUAGGUGAACAAUCUACAAAAUUGACGUCGACAUUUUUUGAAAUUCUAUCGAGGAUUUAUCUUGGUUUACCUCUGUAUAGUAAAUAGUAUUUGCAUCUAUGAAUGACCGGCCAUUGAUUGUCGCCAUAUGAAUGAAAGUGAAUGAGUUUUUUUUAAUAACUUUUCCUUUAUUUCUCUUUGCUUGUUUCUGUAUCUUUCUUUUAACUUGAAAGUCAUAUAAAUAUGUAAAUUUUAUUAGCUUUAUUGACUAAAUAGUCCAUUUCACAUGAUUAAUUUCUAGACAAGUAACGGGAGAACUAGUGUUUAUUUUACUAUUAUCUAUCUGUUUAUUGUAAGUGUGUUUUUUUUUAUAAGAAAGAAUAAUUAUGACUCCCUUGAACCCAGUUCGGUAUCAGAACACUGGAGAAAAGGUUCACUUAUUGAGCAGUGCUAAUCAAAGUCUCUUCUUCCGUCACACGACCAAUUCCACAUUUUCGAGCGCCCCAAGAAACAUCAUGGCGUCGUUUUUCUUGCAAGCCGUUUUCGGACCACGUCUUUACAGGAUCCAUAAACCUAAUGAAGCGGAGAAGUACUAUCAUUCAAAAUAUUUAGAAGCUUUUGGAGACAAAAUUAUUUCUUCUACUCAUAUGAUAUUAAGUUUUUCAAAAUGGGCGUCACCUUUUAUUAUUCUCUAUUUUUACCGUCAUGGCUAUUAUACCAGUAACAUGUUAGUGGUCGCUGUACGCUCCUUGUCCGGAGCUGCUGCAGUUUAUCUGAUGGCACUUGUUAUCCGAGGUCUAGGACGGUAUAUGGAUGCAGAUUAUAUGGAUUUUCAAAGAAGCUUGACUACAGCGAAAUCUACUCCUUCGCGAAAUAAUAUUCAAAUGUUAAACUAUUUUGAUUUUGAACAGUGGGCACGUCCUUAUGAUUUCAGCGUCGUGUCCACUCAGAAAAAUGCAAGGACCAUUAAAUCGGACAAAACUAAUAAAACAGACAUCAAUGAAAAGUCUCUUUUGCAAAAAAUAAUGGAUAUUCCCAUGUUAAUGCUUGGUUAUGUUUUUUUCAAUGUCAUGGGCAGAGCGCUCGUCUAUCCCGGUUCCACUUGGGUAGUGAACAAAAUGAACAGAAGCAUGCUUUUAUCGUAUAGGGCAAAAUUGGUGGAGGAAGAUGGAGCGGUAAGAGCUCGAGUUGAGACUUUCGAUAAAAACGGCAUUGAUACUGUAUUUAUUGACAACAGAAACAAGACCCUAACAGGCCAGACUCUCGUUAUAUGCUGCGAAGGAAACUGUGGCUAUUACGAAAUUGGUAUAUUGUGUACUCCAUUUGAAAAAGGAUAUUCUGUGCUAGGCUGGAACCACCCUGGUUUUGGAGAAAGUAGCGGGCAUCCCUGCCCUAAAGAAGAACAAAAUGCAAUAGAUUCGGUUAUACAAUAUGCAAUAGAAGGCCUUGGAUUUUUACCAGGAAAUAUAAUAAUAUAUUCUUGGUCUAUCGGUGGUUAUGUUGCAACAUGGGCUGGAAUGACUUACCCUGAUUUAAAGGCAUUAAUAAUUGAUGCAUCCUUCGAUCAUCUACUGCCUCUUGCUAUCACACGCCUGCCUGCCUUCAUGGAAAGUUUUGUAACAUUGUGUGUUCAUAAAUUUAUGAACUUGAACUUAGCAGAGCAAGUUGUGCACUAUAACGGACCGAUAAUUUUGAUUCGCAGAACUCACGAUGAAGUAAUUACAACUAGCACUCAACCAGACCUUCUUAGCAACCGUGGAAACCACCUUUUGACACACAUAUUAACUCAUCGUUAUCCUAAUAUCAUUAAGAAUGACACUUUACAAGAAUGGUUGGGUUAUUCUGGCGUACAGAAAGCCACAUGUCUGAGUGAACUAAACUAUACAGAAUGCUCCUUAUAUUUGAAGGAACUACCUAAUUCUUUCCCGAUAAAAGAAGGUAUUGAUUUAACAAAUGAGAUGAAAAGACAGAUGACAAUAUUUUUAGCUAAUAAGUAUAUGAUUGAUUUUGCUGCCACUCACUGUAUUCUGUUACCCACUUCUGUGUUCCAAGAACCGGAGUCUCUCCAUUAUUAAAUGUUUUUAAAAAAAAUUUAUUGACCUAUCCACCUGUGCACCUUGGUUCUAUUGAAAAGAUAGAUCAAAGACUUUUCGGCCUCUGGUUUGUCUUAAAUGCGAAAUUCUUUUAUAUUCAUUUACAACCGAUGUACAUUAUUUAUUGUUGUUAUUGUUUAUCAUCUUAAUAGGUCGAUAAAAUUAGUACCAAUAAGUACUACUGCGGUCGAUUUAAUCGACUAAGCUCCCCAAAACUGUGGUAUUGUGCCGAUAUCUGAAAUAUGGCAGAAGCUGUAAACCAAAAAUAUUUUUGCAGCAUUCAGUUACGCCCCUUUACAAAUCAUGCCGGCUGCUUUGCCUUUUCGCACUUCCGGGAUCGAUAAAAUAAGUACUAGUCAAAUAAUGAUGUAAGUGUAAUUGAUUAUCCCACAUUUUCCCUAAACAUUGUAACAAUGUUUGAAAUUUGACUUAUCAGCAUUUCUGGUAUUUCCCUAUGACUGAUGAGGCUCUGAAUAAUGUUACAGUUAUACUAAUAUUGUAUCAAUAUUAUGUAUAUAUCGGAAAAUGAGAGGUAAACGAAAUGCAAAGAACAAGGAAGUUCAGCCAUUUCGGUUACAUUAGAAGCUCUUAUUUAUUCAUUGUAUUCAGGAUAACGUUACUGUUUUAUACACCAGUCUGUCUUUUGUUAAUAUUUUUUUUUUCCUUAUUCAUCUAUAUUUUGUAAUAAUAUUUUAAAAAACAACAAUUAUUUACAAUAUAUAUUUGUAUGAAAUGAAAGACCAAUGCAUUAUUCUAUAAUGAUUAGUCUUGGUAUUUCAACAAAAUAUUUUAAAUGAUAUAAAUUUCAUGAUUUGUGAAUCAAAGUUCCACGCUAUGCUUCUGAGCCAACUCACUGUCUCUUGAAAACUACAUCUUCAGUUUCUACACAAACUUUUAAAAGAAUUGCCUGUCUAAAAAAGUUACAUAAAAAUAAAUUCUUUGGAUUUGAAGAAUUAAGUUUUUUUUUAUCUGAAAGUUACUACUGUUGUUAGAAUACUUUAAUCAAUCUCUCCAAAUUUAAUAUUUACCAUAUCUUAAGCUUUGUUCUAAUAAUGAUUUUAAGUAAAUUUAUUUCAAUUCUGUGCUAAUAAGGGGAAAAUGUUAUUUCUUUAAAUCGGUGUUUGGCUAAUUUUAACUAAACAAACGUUCUUUUUUGUUGAUUCUUAGAUUUUAAAUGUUUAAAGGUAAUUGAUAACAAAAGUUGUAAACUUUCAUUCGCCAAAAAUUAUAUAUUUUGUCUCUUUCAAAAAUUACUGCGGAUCAAAAUUAUAUAUUUAUUUUGAUUUCAGUAAAUUCCAAGUAAAGAGAAACGUUGGAAUAUGUGAUAUCUGUGGCAUGUUAAUUUUUGUAAAAAAAUUGGUUAAUAUUUUAACUUAUACCAACAAUAGCAUCAUCAAAUCUGAGCGAACGAAGGGGCCUGUAUGCUGUUGCUCGAUCUUUUGGAAAUAGCAGUCACACUCCAUCGUAAAUAAGGAUGGACACAUUGGCUAAUCUAACCCUACAUACCACUAAAGAGG